AUGGAGAAAUGGAGAACUUCCUACCGUCUACUCAAAUUCUGCAAUGGAAUUAGCUAUCGAAAUUCAAAAUAUCAAUUUUCAGGAAGGGAUAGCUGGAGCAUCCAUGGAAAAUGCUAUUCUUCAGUUGCUUCUACAGUAUUGCAGAGGAACCCGUCAUUCUCUGGUAUUACUUUUGAUGAUAUUAGUUAUUUCAAGAAGAUAUUAGGGGAUAGAGGUGUUGUUCAGGAUGAAAUGGCUCUGGAAUCUGCCAACACCGAUUGGAUGCACAAGUACAGGGGCAAUAGUAAGCUGAUGCUUCAACCUAGAACAACUGACGAGGUUUCUCAAAUUCUUAAAUACUGCAAUACCAGAAGUUUAGCUGUUGUGCCCCAAGGUGGAAAUACGGGCCUUGUGGGGGGAAGUGUUCCUGUUUUUGAUGAGUUUCCAAGGAUACUACUCAAGGUAAUUAUCAAUGUUGGUUCCAUGAACAAGAUCCUUUCCUUUGAUAAGGUUGGGGGUGUCUUGGUUUGCGAAGCUGGAUGCAUAUUGGAAAACCUGAUAUCUUUCCUUGAUACCCGAGGAUUUAUUAUGCCACUAGAUUUAGGUGCUAAAGGAAGCUGCCAAAUUGGAGGAAAUGUCUCAACUAAUGCUGGCGGGCUUCGGCUUCUUCGGUAUGGUUCACUUCAUGGUACUGUACUUGGUCUUGAAGCUGUUUUGGCAAACGGUACUGUGCUUGAUAUGCUUGGGACUUUAAGAAAAGAUAAUACGGGAUAUGACCUUAAGCAUUUGUUUAUAGGAAGUGAAGGAUCUUUGGGAAUAGUUACAAAGGUUUCAAUUCUUACACCUCCAAAGUUGUCCUCGGUCAACAUAGCUUUCCUUGCUUGUUCGGAUUACUCUAGCUGCCAGAAACUUUUGUUGGAAGCAAAAAGGAAACUUGGUGAAAUUUUAUCGGCAUUUGAGUUUCUGGAUUCUGAUGCAAUGAAUUUGGUUCUGAAACAUUUGGAUGGUGUUCGCAAUCCUUUACCUCCUUCAAUUCACAACUUCUAUAUACUGAUUGAGACAACUGGAAGUAACGAAUCUUUUGACAAGGAGAACCUUGAGGCCUUCCUUCUUCAUGCAAUGGAAAGUGGUUUGGUGACUGAUGGAGUUCUUGCACAAGAUAUGAAUCAAGCGUCCUCAUUUUGGCACAUUCGAGAGGGCUUACCUGAAGCACUCAUGAAAGCAGGGGCUGUAUACAAAUAUGAUUUGUCGAUUCCUCUUGAACAUAUGUAUGAACUUGUUGAGGAGAUGCGGGCACGACUUGAUGCUGAGGCAAAUGUAGUAGCAUAUGGCCAUCUUGGGGAUGGGAACUUACAUCUUAAUAUCUCAGCUCCGAAGUAUGAUGAUAAGAUUUUAGCACAAAUCGAACCAUUUGUCUAUGAAUGGACAUCUAAGAAGCGUGGGAGUAUAAGUGCAGAGCAUGGCCUUGGAUUGAUGAAAGCUAAUAAAAUUCAUUACAGCAAGUCGCCUGAAACGGUGGACCUCAUGGCAUCCAUAAAAAAGCUGCUUGAUCCUAAUGGUAUACUCAACCCCUACAAAGUUCUUCCAUCAACCCUUGUUUCUCAAACUUGA